GGUCAAGAGGUGUAGCUAGCAGACUUGUAGCUACUUAUCCAGCAAUGUUUGCCAAGAUGGGUGGCAGCGCCAAGGCCUACGCUGCCGUCCUUCUCAUCAGGCUCAUGUACUCCGGCAUGCAUGUCAUGAGCAAGGUGGCCUUGGAUCAGGGCAUGAACCCCUUGGUGUUCGUGUUCUACCGGCACACCACUGCAGCGCUCGUGCUGAUCCCUAUCACCUUCGUUCUCGAGAGGCGAAAAGCUAAGCCGGUGACGUUCACGAUUGGGUGGAAGAUGUUCGUACACGCCCUAUAUGGGGUGACAGCAUGUGGUGUCUUAUUUAACCUUGGUCUCAACUAUGCUUCUGCUACGUCGUCGUCAGCAUUGUACAAUGUUCAGCCCGUGAUCACAUUCAUCCUAGCCGUUAUAUUCGGGAUGGAGACUCUGAAACUGACGAGGUUCCAUGGCAAAGUAAAAUUCGCUGGCAUCCUCUUCUGCAUCGCCGGCGUCACCGUGCUGGCCUUCUACGAGGGGCCAAUGUUCAGAUCCUUCAACCAUCACCAUCUCUUCCAGAACGGCGGCAGCAGCAGUCCCGCUGGAGCAGCCGAGACGCACUCCAAGAAGCAAUGGGUGCUGGGAAUUUUUCUCAUGACACUAUCCAACGUUCUAGCAGGCCUGUGGACAGUGCUUCAGGGGCCACUGAUAGAGGACACCUCCAAGCUGAUGAACACCGCGCUCCAGAUCUCGUGCGCGUCGGUCCAAGCCUUCCUCGUGGCCGUUGCAGCCGAGAGGGACUUCUCCAAGUGGAAGCUUGGCUGGAACGUUGGCCUCGCCGCGAUAGUCUACAGCGGCGUGAUCGUGACGGCGCUCUCGUACUACAUGCAAAUGUGGACGAUCGCCAAGAGGGGCCCGGUGUUCCUGGCCAUGUCGACGCCGCUCACCUUCGUGUUCACCAUCGUCAUAUCUUCCUUCAUCAUCGGGGACGCCGUCAGCCUAGGAAGCAUCUUUGCCGGGGUACUGCUGGUGGGAGGCCUGUACAACGUCUUCUGGGGGAAGAGCAUCGAGGAGCGGGACGACCUGACCAAGAUCAGCGCCGCCGCCGCCGGCAAGCCCGGGCUGGAGCUGCCGCCGCCGCAGAAAAACAAGGCGGACCUGCAGGCGCCCCAAGUGCCGGAUGACGACGACGGCGCAGAAGCAAAGGUCUGAUUCAGCUUCCAGCUAGCCCAAGGACGUGACAGAAAAGAUUGUGCGCAAAGCUAUUGCAGCCACUAGGUUUCAGGGCAGCUGCCUGUCAUAGGCAGCUAGCUCUGCCCACCGAAACCGUGGCGUCCACAUUGAUCCAGGUGACUGUCAGUGUUUCUCGUCCACAGCACCAUUGUAAGCAGCAGCAGUUUACCCAAACCCAACCGCAUGAAUAAAAAAGAAGGAAGCCUCGGUCGCUUUCAGCGAGCUUCUGUGCGGCUUCGCCUGUUCGCCAUGC